AUGGGUAAACCGAAGGUAAACCCUUUUCGUGACCUCAUCAGUGGCGCAAUACUUGCAGCAUCAUCUAUUCCUCAAUUGGUUGGGUAUAGUGAAACGGCAGGAUACUCAGGGUACCAUGGACUUGCUAGUGCUGGGCUGCCGCUACUUGCAUGGGGGAUGGUCACUGGUUCUCCCUUUAUGAAUGCGGGGGUCACCUCUAUCACAGCAUUGAUGGCAAAGUCUGAUUUAAAUGGGGAGUCUUUCGUCAACGAACACGGAGAAGACAAAUAUAUUGAGUUGGUUGCUGCAUAUUCGUUUUGGGUUGGAAUAGCUUCGGUAGUGUUGGCUGUUGUGGGAUUUGGAAGACUUGCGCAAGGAGUUCCGAAGCCGGUAAAAAGUGGCUUCAAAUACGGCUGCUCUGUUGGUGUGUUGGUGUCUGCUCUGCCAAAUGGGCUGUUUUCAAGAGGAGGAAAACAACUCAUGGGGCUUCUCGCGAGCUCGUCAUCUUGGAGCUUUGUUGUCAAGGAACUGAAGGCACGAGCGCCAGCUGCAACGGGAGCUGUGAAUGUUACUGGAUUUAUUUUCAGUCUAACUCAUCCUUUGGAAUGGUCCUUGACUCCCACACUUCUAUUUCUCAUCGGUACUUGGUUUGUUAUGGAUGGCAAGAAAUUUCUUCCGGAUUCACUUCCGCCUGGCACUGAAGUCAUUUUAGUCACGGUCACUGCGACAGUCUAUAGCAUUGUGUUCGAUUACGAGGGAGGCGUGGUUGGUGAGAUUCCCGAAUUGGAUCCUGACACUGGCUUGAAAAUUUUGGGAUUGACUUUGCCUGUGAAAUUGCUUGAUUACCAGAAAGUUCUCGAUGCACCACUUGCCGAACAAUUUGGGGGAUACCCAUUCCUAUUUGUUUCGGCAACACUUUUUGCUGCCGUCAACUUCUUAUCAAUCAUGGGCAUUGCAUCUGGAUUCGAAAGCGAAAAUGGAAUUGAAUGGAGUGCACCACAGGAACUAAUGUCCCAAGGUGUUGCUUGUGUAGUUGCUGCAUUUGUUGGUUCUGCUCCUGUUUCUGGUUCCAUGAGUAGAAGUCUAGUCUCAAGGAUGACGGGGACAACCUCACAAUUAGCGUGUAUGUUUACGGCAUUGAUUUGGAUAUUCAUGCUGCCUUACAUGAGCGUGAUGACACCGACACCUAAAGCAGCACUAAGCGCCGUAAUCGUGAGUGCAGUGGUGAAAAGUGUUCUGGUACCAAAGGAUUUAAUGAAGCUUCAAACUUUGGAUUUCGUUUCUGGUUGGACAACAGGCAUCAUUACAGCGAUUACAAGUCCAACAAUUGGAUUUGGCUUCGGCCUUGUAUUUCAUGGAUUGUUGAAAAUGGCUGUCCCAAAAAAAGAAAAAAGCGACUAA